GCUCGUGUGCCUAUGUCACGUUGCGGACUUUACGACAAGUGCGUGCUAAGUGCUAUAACAUUCAACACGGAUUUUAAGUGUUAUAGACAAUUGUAGAAGUGAAAUGGUAUGGUGAAGAGCGGGCGGUGUUUGCGCCUGCGCUGGAUGCGGUAAGGGCGGGCGGCGCGAGCCCCGCCGGCGGCGCCGUGGCGAUGACGGUGCAACGAGACGAGCGCGAUUCGCGCGCGCCCAGGACUCGCUUCAUGAUCACUGAUAUACUGGAUGCGGCUCCAAGGGACCUCAGCGCACAUCGGGACUCGGACUCGGAUCGAUCAGCGACGGAUUCACCAGGUGUGAAAGACGACUCAGAUGACGUAUCAAGUAAAAGUUGUGGGGACGCCGCUGCGUUGGCGAAGAAGCAACGGAAAGCACGGACGGCCUUUACAGAUCACCAAUUACAAACUUUGGAAAAGUCUUUCGAGAGACAGAAGUACCUUAGCGUGCAGGACAGAAUGGAACUGGCAGCGAAACUUGGGCUCACGGAUACGCAGGUCAAGACCUGGUAUCAGAAUAGACGGACAAAAUGGAAACGUCAAACGGCGGUUGGGUUGGAACUUCUAGCAGAAGCCGGUAACUAUGCAGCCUUUCAACGACUCUACGGUGGUUAUUGGGCGGGAGUCCCAGCUUAUCCCGCCCAGCCAGCGCCCACCGCUGAUAUGUAUUACAGACAGGCGGCUGCUACUGCAGCAGCUGCGGCAUCUGCAUCAGCAAAUACGUUGCAGAAACCUUUACCCUAUAGGUUAUAUCCCGGUACGCCGUUAGCUGGCGUUCCCCCUCUCGGUCUAGGACUCCCUGGCCCUUCAGCCCACCUUGGCUCCCUGGGGGCGCCAGGCCUCGGGGCCUUGGGUUACUACGCCCAAGCCAGACGUACUCCUUCGCCCGACGUCGAUCCGGGGAGCCCUUUGCCCCCUCCCAGAUCUCCCGUGCCGUCCGAAAGACGAUCCGAUGACGAAGACGACGAUGAAACAAUUCACGUAUAAAAGUGAUUGAAAACUUUCAAGUGACGGUACUGAUGCCGUGCAAGUGCAUGUGUUUGACAUUCUGACGCAGGACGUUAAAUUUUGUGAUAUUAUAAGCUCAGUUUUAUAGGUUAGAUGUAUAUUCAUUGAUGUUUAGCUAUAGAUUAUGCUUAGUUUUAAUAUUGAAAAGUUCUAAACGAAAUUUUCUAUUUAUUUCCUCAUUUAUACUUAUUUUCUGCUUUCGGUACUCAAACUUAAUGAUGUCGAAUUAAAAUGUGUACUGAUGUUAUGUGAAGUACUCAGUAUUAUAUAUGGUGUAAAUUUUACAGUUUUCGGGUCCUUUUGGUUUAUUAAAAGUUACAAACAUUAAAUGUAAAUAACCCAAAAAAAAAAUUACUUGUGUAUAGUAUUAUAAUGUAUUGUUGGUAUGAAAUACACAUAACACAACAAAACUUUAAACUUUUCUUUAACUAUGGUGUAUUUAGACAUAGAAAAGACGUAUUAUUGUGGCAAUGUACUUAAGCAAUCCCAGAUGUGACAUUUUAUGUCAAUACAUAGAUGUGGUGUUU